AACUUUCUGAGCGCUUCACUCUGCCUCUCGUUCCCUUGGCUGUCCCGCCGCCUGCCUCCUUGGACCGCGGGAGCCGCCGCCGGCGAGCGCUUCGUUCGGUGUUCCCCAUCCAUCCCUCAGGAUGCGCUCGGGAGGACUGCUCUUCCCUUUGGCCCUGGUUCUGGGGAUCACCAUCUCCUGGGCUGCCACCCCUUACCAACAGAUCUUGCAGCACAGCCGAAUCCGGGGCCGGCAUCAAGGUCCCAAUGUGUGUGCUGUGCUGAAACUGAUUGGAACAAACAGGAAAUACUUGCCAAACUGCAAACUGUGGUACCAGAAGAAAAUCUGCGGCAAGUCAACAAUGGUUACUUAUGAAUGUUGUCCAGGAUAUGAAGAAAUUCCUGGGGAAAAAGGCUGCCCAGCUGCUUUGCCUCUUUCCAACCUUUACGAAACACUUGGAAUUGUUGGAGCCUCAACCACACAGCUCUACUCUGCCAGUUCUAACUUGAGUGCGGAAAUCACAGGCCCUGGGAGCUUCACAAUGUUUGCCCCAACCAACGAAGCCUGGGCAAGCUUGCCUGCUGAAAUGUUGGAUUCUUUGGUGAGCAAUGUUAAUAUUGAGUUGUUAAAUGCUCUUCGAUACCACAUGGUGAAUAAAAGAGUCCUCACUGAUGAUCUGAAACAUGGAACAAGUCUCCCUUCAAUGUACCAGAAUAUUGACAUCCAGAUCCAUCAUUAUCCAAAUGGAAUUGUGACCGUGAACUGUGCUAGGUUACUGAAAGCUGACCAUCAUGCCACCAAUGGAGUGGUCCAUCUGAUAGACAAAGUCAUUUCCACAACAACAAACAGUAUCCUGCAAGUUGUUGAGCUUGAAGAAAGUCUUGACACCCUAAGAACUGCUGUGGCAGCUGCUGGUCUCAACAACCUUUUAGAAAAUGAAGGUGAAUUUACAUUGUUAGCUCCAACCAAUGAAGCCUUUGAGAAGAUCCCAAAAGAAACCCUAAACAGGAUCCUUGGAGACCCGGAAGCUCUAAAAGCCCUGUUGAGCAAUCACAUUUUAAAAAAAGCUAUGUGUGCGGAAGCUAUUAUUGCUGGCUUAUCCAUGGAAACGCUGGAGGGUAACAUGCUUGAAGUAGGCUGUAAUGGUGAUGAACUAACUCUCAAUGGAAAGCCCAUCAUUGCUAACAAGGAUGUCAUCGCAACCAAUGGCGUGAUACACUUUGUCAAUGAAUUACUCAUCCCAGACUCAGCUAAAACUUUGUUGGAGUUGAGCAAGGAAUCCGACGUUUCAACAGCUAUUGAUCUUUUUAGACGAGCUGGUCUCAGUUCACAUCUCACUGGAAAUGAGCAGCUGACGGUCCUUGCCCCCAUCAAUUCUUUCUUCACAGAUCAAACUCCUUCAGCAGAUAGGAACGUGCUCCGGGAUCACAUUAUUAAAGACCAGUUUUCCUCUAAAUACCUUUAUCAUGGACAGAAACUAAAAACUCUGAGUGGCAAGGAACUGAGAGUAUUUGUGUACCGCAAUAAUCUCUGCAUUGAAAACGCCUGCAUUGCUGCCCAUGACCAAAGAGGAAGAUUUGGCACCUUGUUGAGUGUGGAUAAGAUGCUGACUCCCCCUGUUGGUACUGUUAUGGAUGUGCUCAAAGCGGAUUAUCGUUUCAGCACCCUAGUGGCUGCCAUCCAAUCUGCAGGUCUGACAGAAACACUGAAUAGGCCAGGGUCCUUCACAGUGUUUGCACCAACAAAUGAAGCAUUCCGAGCCAUGCCACAAGGGGAGCUGAACAAACUUAUGGGUAAUGCUCAAGAACUUGCCAACAUUCUGAAGUACCACAUUGGAGAUGAAAUACUGGUUAGUGGAGCAGUUGGUGCUGUUGUAAGAAUAAAGUCCAUGCAGGGUGAUAAACUGGAAGUCAGCUGUAAAAACAAUGUCAUAAACAUCAACAAGGAACCUGUUGCUGAGGCUGAUAUUAUGGCCACUAAUGGUGUGAUUUAUGCUGUGAAUUCUGUUUUACAGCCACCAGCUUCUAAGCCUAAUGAAAGAAGUGAUGAGCCUGCAGAUCCUGCACUGGAAAUCUUCAGGCAUGCCUCUGCCUUAUCCAAGAUUUCCCAUAGGAAUGUUCGGUUAGCUCCUGCGUAUUCCAGAUUGUUAGCCAGGAUCAAACAGUAAAGUGACAGCCAUUCUAUAUGUAAAGCACAUCCAAGGAUUCAGCUAGCUUUUGCCAUUGGGUUGUUGAACAGAAGGACUCUUGUUUCCUGCACAAAAACCACGCUACCACUAUUAAGGUUAUGUUUUUCCAACUGAAAUGAAGGAGAGAAAAUAAAAGCCAUAUAUAUUUAAAUCAUUGUUUGAUAAGACUAAUUUUGUUCCAAUUGGUAGCUGAUAAUUUGGGGAGACUCAGGUAUGAUUGUCUACUAGAAAAUGAUUUAGGCCCAACCUCCAGAUGUGCAAGAGUUAAGAAUGACUGUGAUUGAAAGACACACUUAAAUCUGUCCCUCUCAGGUUAGUUCUUACUAAAAAUGUUUUAAGGUUUGCAUGUGCUGUCAGGAAUUGAACAUACUCCUAUUAAAUAUUUGAGGCUUUCGCCUUAGAAAAGGGAGUUAUUGAGUAUUCUAGCCUGAAUUAGACUCAGGUUGGCUUCCAGUUCCUGCUACAUUCUGUCUACAUGGCUUUGAGUGCCGACAUUUAGACUGACCCUCCACUUUUGCACACAUUCACUUCUGAAACAAAUUGAUGAAGCUCAUUGGUCUAAAUCAUAUUCUUUGUCCUUGAGGACCAGUGGGAUUACUGGUCAAUUUUCUACAAGGUGCUAACAGUUGUAUUUUUCUAUUUCACAGAGUUUUAUCAUUAAAUAUUUUAGAGGAGAUUCACAGAACCAUUUAGUAUUCAUUUCUCUACGUACAGGGACUGAAUAAUUAGCUCAUACUUGUGGGUCAGGAACCAUCUUUAAACCUUAUGCUCUUUUUUUUAAUCCUAGUAAAAAAGCUUCCCUUCAGAGUAAUCGUCCAGCUUUGUGACUCUUUCAUGUUUUCUGGUUUGAGGCUUUAAAAAGCCUCACUUUAGAAUAAUCAUCCAACUUUUUGACUCUUUCAUGCUUUCUGGUUUGAGGCUUGCAAGCCCCCAGCUAAAACAUUCUGAUUUGGGGUUAAUUAGAGCUUUCAACUACAUUUUGAAAAUGAAAACCAGGCAACAAGUUUCAUAGCAAUAACUUAAAAUCCUACCUUUUUUCAAAACUCAGGCAUAAAUUUCCAUAUGCACAUUUUAAGAGAACUAGAUUUAAAAAGUACUGCUUGUGCUUUCAAUUAAACAGUGGCUCUGCAGGUCAUGAUCCAGGGCGCUACACAAGUAGCCCCAUACAUGCAGUGUAUUCACCCACACCUCAACAACAGCUCCUGACAGACAGCAAAACCCUUAUGAAAUUCACGAGAUUUUUUUUAAAAGGGGUUUUGCAGUGUAAUGUGGGACACUUGUAAAAAGCCACCUGUGUGUGGACAAGCUAUCACACAUGAGCUCUCUGAAUUGUGGCCUAUAAUCUUAAAGACCUUGCUAGGCACUCUCUGAACAAUGCAAUUUGUGUACUUCAGCAAGAACAUGUGGUUUUUAUUUUCUUCCCUCCUGUGCUUUGAAAAUGUUCCAUGCAAUUCUGCAUCUUAACUUCUUCUUUUAAAGCGCCUCAUUGUUGAUAUUAGGGAAUUUGCAUGAUAUAAGCUAUGGUGUGAUCAGUGCUGUCAAUUAGCUUUUGUUUACACAUAUGGUUCUAACUUUAAUAUCUUUUGUUCUUCCUGAAUCUGAAAAUACACCCUCUCUGUAAUGUGGUCAUAGAGCAAUCCCUCAUCAAAACUUCCAAAUAAACAAUUCGUUUGUAAUAAAA